UCGGGCGAGAGCGGGCGGCCGGCCGCGCACCUGCCUCGUACCGCUCCCACGCGCGACGUGCUCGAUCGCGAGACUCUACUUCGAGAUUAUCGUAAACACACAAGACAAUCUUCUUAACUACAAAAAUAAAUUAUUUCGUUUCAAUUCUGUAAAUUUUAUCUCAGUUCUAAUUUAAAUUUACUCAUAAGAAUUACUUGCGAACAAUUUUAUUUAAUUUUCGCGAAUGGGACACAGUGAAAAGUAUAAAUGUUUUUGGACUAAAAAGUGAAGAAGUUAUCGACAAUUAUAAAAGCAAGCAAAGUGUGAUCAAACAAAUCAUUGGCCGAAUUGCAAGAUCGCCAAUAGGUGCGGACAGAUUAGAUAGGGCACUGAGAACUCUUUGAAGUGUUGAUAAGAAGCUCUGCAUGACCAGUCAAAUUUGGCGAGUAAAUAUUCAACGGUCGACGUGUGAACUGAAUCAUCACAACAUGAAAAGAAAAAAGUAAACACCAAAACUGUGAGACAUUGGUUUGUUGAUGAUGAAAAAAUUAGGAAGAUGACUAAGAUAGUUGUUGGUUUGUUCCCGUCGGACAAUCUAAGGGGAUUUUGUGACUCGACCUCGGUUAUCAAAAACGUUUUAAAAGGACGAUAAGCCGCCGGACCGACGGCGGCACAUGUGAAGUGAGCUAAGAACUGUCGAAAGAUAACGAGAUAUUUAGAUAAAGAUUUUUAAGGAUCAAAGAAGUUGUUGAAGAUCUAAAAAUAGGUGACCAAAUCAAGAUGAGAAUCAAGAUGCCAGCUGUACGCAUCGCGCAAGCGGAUGCGGACAGCGCGGCAGAGGGCGGGGGAUCCCCUACUCCUGGGGUUCCCUCCGACACCCUCACUUGCGGCGCCUGUCGACGAGCGUUCGCCCUUGCCGACAUCGUCCGGUUCAUCCAGCACAAGAUCUCCUCCUGCGAUAAGGACCUUACGUCCUACCACUGCUAUAGUGCUGGACCAAACUCUGACCCUGAAGAUGGCUCCCGACCUGGCCAGGUAUCAAGUGCAAAUAGCAGCAGAAGGCCUUCACUCCUUACAGCCAGAAGGCCACCAAGCAGCAGGAUACAUACCCCACCGCUGGCUAGUCCUUCAAUGGCACCACCAGAUCUGCUUGAAGACGGAGGAGCAUCUAGCACGCCGAAGAGAUUAUUAGAUGAAGCCGAUGCUGGAGUGUCAACGCCCAAACGACGAGCCUCAACGUCACCGAUGCCCUCAAGUUCCCCUGAUGAGGACAUCAAACCUAAAAUCAAACAGGAACACAUGGAUACAUCAGGGUCACCUGACGAUCAGAAGAAGUCAAGAGUUGCUGAUGCUGAAUCCAAUACUAUGCAUAGUGAGCCGAGCAACUACGUGUGCUCCACUUGCAAGGCGCGCGUGCACUCCGCUUGGCGGCUGCUGCAACAUGUCCAACAUGUCCACGGGGUCAAGAUCUACGUAGAAGCUAUGCCGCAGCAGCAACCUAAUAAACAAAAUCACUCAUCGUCGAGCACGUCGUCGUCGAGUUCAGGUUGCUCUUCUGUCGGCGCUCCGAUUCCACCACCUUCUUUACGCCAUCAUCCACUUCUGCCACCUCCAGAUAUGCAUUCCCCUUUUGGAGUUGGUGGCCUCUUGCGGAUGCCACUACCGGGUAGUUUACCACCACUAGCUCACCCAUCGGUUCCGCCAACACCGCUAUUUGCUCGGCCUAACCACCAUGACCAUCGAUUCAGAAUGGAACAACUCGUUUCGGAACAGUUUCGACACCACGGACUGAAUCUUGCUGCCGCGGCCGCUGCUGUGGCAGCCAACUCUCUACCUCCUCACCAAGCAUUCCCGUCACCAGCGGACCGACCCCCCGCGGUGCCGACGUCGGUGUCAGGUAGAGACAGACAACCUCCAGUGUCACAACCACUCUCACUUGAACCCCAGCUGGAUUUUUACUCGCAGCGCUUGCGGCAACUGGCCGGUACGACCAGUCCAGGGGCGGCCACAGGCAAUUCGAGCUCUCCUAGCCCCAGGAAGCAUUCUCCUCCGUUCGCUUCCCCGUCGCCCUCCCGAGUCGGACAGACUCCCCCGGCGGGCGCCGGACCCGGAACGGUGGACGCGCCUCGCGAAGCCACGAGGCCGCACAGUUCGACGCCGCCCGAGCGUCGUUCGGAACCCCAAGCGGCAGACGCGCCGCCAAACACUGAACGCCCGGCUUCAACACCACCUGCGAAGAGAAACGAUGAAGCAGUCCAUUCUUGUGAGUUCUGUGGAAAGAAGUUUAGAUUUGAAAGUAAUUUAAUUGUGCAUCGUCGUUCACAUACUGGCGAGAAACCAUACAAAUGCACUGAAUGUGAUGAAACAUUCGAGAAGGCGUCAAAAUUAAAACGUCACAUGAAAGUUCACCGACCUGCUGACGCUAAUACAGAGGAUGGUGAGUCUGGUGGUGAUUCGGGAGAAGAUGAUUCCGAUGACGAAUUGGAAGAUGAGGAACUUGAUGGCGAAGAGGAGGAUGAGAACGAGGAUGGUGACGAUGUUGAAGAAGCUGAAGAUUUGACAGUAUCCAACAGCAGUGCACCCUCAGCGCCGCCACGGAAACAAACACCCGCCAUGCCCGCUCACCCUCCAUCGGCGUCAGUAGUGGGCGAACUCAUGGAUAAAUUCGGUCUAUCGAACAUUGCUCAAUACAGCGAAGCUUUUAAACAAGCUCUCCAGGAGUCUGGUAAAUCAUUAAAUUGGCAACUAGCAAAGGAUCGUGACAAUAACAACGGCCCUCAGAGCGACAAACCUAAUGGCAUGCCACCCACUGCUGCUUUGCGUCUAAAAGAGGAGUUCGCUAAAAUGCCUCCACAGCCGCAUCCCUUAUUUAACCCUUUUGAAAACCCUUUUGAGGCAUCUAAACGUAUGAAACUAGAUAUGGAGCGAGGUGAGGGAUGGUGGCUUCCUACUUUACACGCACAACGGCCGCCUGAAAAUAUAUUCGAGGGACUAAAGAAUAGUAGUAACGGAUUAUUGCAGAACCCACUUUUGAAAUCGAAGGAAGGACGACGGAAUGACACUUGUGAGUUCUGUGGGAAAGUUUUCAAAAACUGCUCAAAUCUAACGGUGCACCGCCGCUCGCACACGGGUGAGAAGCCAUAUAAAUGUGAGUUGUGUUCGUAUGCGUGCGCGCAGAGCUCCAAGCUGACCCGCCAUAUGAAGACGCAUGGGCGGCUCGGGAAAGAUGUGUACCGAUGCCGCUUCUGUGAAAUGCCCUUCUCGGUACCUUCGACUUUGGAGAAGCACAUGCGUAAGUGUGUUGUGAAUCAAAGUAACGGUGCUCCGCUAGCGUUAUCCGACGACUCUAACGCAUGCCGUGACGAGGCGUCGUGACUCUACCCGUGGGGCGGCCUCCGUCUGCCGCCGCCUGCGCCGCCUAGCCAGAUCUUCUAAGACCUAACUUCCCAGCAAUCAAGUUUCGUUGCAUCUCUACCAUUAUCGCGUGCACGAAAUGUUCUGCGGUGAGUGAAAUCAGGUCAACUUAUGUUCAAUUUCUAGUCUUAAGGAUUGGAUUCGUUGGUGACUUUAUUUUUAAAUGGAUUGCAAUAUAAGCCCCAAACGCUUCUGCAUCGAAGGGCAUUAAUUAUAAUAAACUGUGUAUAUGUGUAAGUGGCAUAUCUGUCGUGUACGAAGUGAACCAGUGUUGACCAGUUGUCGUUGUGUUGUUGAUGUUAGUUUGGAUGAUUUGUUUAGUUUUGGAGGCUGUACUGUCUAUUACCUUUGAUCUUUACGUUACAUUCAUUCGAUCUUGUUUUGACAUGUUUUUAUUUAUAAAAAAUGUGGAAACCAAUGCCAAAGUUAGCUACGUUGAUUUAAUGUAUGAUUAGUUGUUAAGCUGUAUAGUGUCAAUUAAAAAUAGAUUUUCCAGUAUUUUCCUAGGAUCUUCAUAGUUUCAACGUAGUAUGUGUUUCGAUAUAAGUUGUUUCGUAAUUAUAGGGUAUCUGUACAAUAAUAAGAAAAUGUUUCCUAUCUUAGAUGAAUACUUGUGUAAAUAAAUGGAUGUAAUUUAAGUGUAAUGUGUAAAGCGAGUACCUACCUAUUGAUGUUCAUAUUUACGUAUAUAUAUAGACACGAUGUUUCGCAAAUUAUAAUAAAAUUACAAAAUUUGAAAACGGUGAGUUUCCUGUAAUCGAUAACGUAAGCAUUGUAGAAAGCAAAAUUGGAAUCGAUCUAAGGGUAGGUGUUAAUCUUAUCAAGGUAUGUCUACGUAUUUAAUUAGUAUUUAAAUUCAAACUUUAUCUUGUGAAGUAUUCCAUCUUUUUCAACUUAUGUUUGUCGGGCGAAAGCUAGUUACUUUAUUAAGACUGAAAAAUAAAUUCCAGUUUUGUUUUUAAAUUAAUGUUUUCUUGUGAUUUUUGAUUCAUGGAAGACCUUUCACUUGUACCUAAUUAGUCCAAGCGUGAAAUCUUUCAGUAUACGUACUUAAUGUAAAAUAAUAAUAGAAUUUAUAUUAGAUAAUUAUAAGUAAAUUAUGAUAGAGAAUUUUGUCUCCCAUCUCGAUCUCUGCUGUUCCGUUCUAGGCUAGUAUUACGAAGGCCCUCUUCAGACAAUGUGAGAGUAGAUAUUAUAUCAACAUAAUUAUAUAAAUAAAGAAAUGAAUACACGUUGUGUGGACGGGGCCUUAACACUUGCUCAUAACGAAACUACGUAGCACGACUCUACGUAGAUAAAAAAUGUAAAUCUUAUUUGAAAUUGUUAGAGAUAGACUCUAGCUAUUUUAAAUUAUUAUUUUUAAUUGGAUUUUUUUAUAUAAUUUGGCCAGUGAUACGGUAGAUAUUUAAACUUUUAGAGGCAAGCUUAUUCUGCUCUUUAAAUUAUUGUAAAACACAUACCAAAUGGAACGGAUAUGAAAUAGAACAGAAUAUGAUUGUCUCUAAAUCUUCAGUAACUACUUUAACUUCUUAUUUUCCUUAUAACAGACGAAUGGAGACAAAAUAGCAACAAACUAAGACAAAUUUUAUUGUAUAACUACGUGAAAGAUAAAACUGUUUUUAUUAUUUUUCAUUUUUAUUAUUUUUAUUUCAAUAAAUAUCCACGAUUUGUUAAUCAA